AUGGAAGGUAUUAUCGAUUCACCAGACGAUUUUUUCACUUCAAAGUCAACUCUCGAGAGCACAUUGUAUGCUCUCAAACAGCAAAUAAAAGACCCAAAAUUUUAUAGGGAGUUGUUACUCAAAUCAACACCAGAAAAACUGUCUGACAGGUGUUUGGUUUCUGUUGUUGUGACGGUGUUGUACGAGUUGGACCAACAACUCUGCUUUGACCAGGCGAACGGAACAUUGUGCAGGUACUUUGAAACAGCAGAUAAUGAGGUUACCGAUUUUCAGUACCUCUCAAGAAACAGAUUUUUGUGCGCUAUCGAGGGUUUCGAUAAUCCCUCGAUACCGUCAAUUUCUGGCUUGAGAAAAGACGGCAUGAGGAGAGGAGACAGAACCGCUGCAAAUGUUGACAAACUGGUUUCUGUCAUCUCGUUUGAAGACUCAAAACAACUUAAAGUCGGCGAACGGUAUCAUAUAAUCGGGAUAUACCAGUCAUCGAGAUAUGAUGGUGACUCGGAGUUGGAGAUCAAAGUGAAAAACGGACAGCGGGUAUAUGCGCUCCUUUGGAGAAAGUACCAUGGUGUGGAACAAAUUUGUGAUGAACACAAAGUGCCUGUUGAAAUGCAAAUCGCUCUGAAACAGGAAGACAUUAAACACGAAGGGGACAUUGUGAACAAAGACUCGUUAUUGAUAGAUUUUGGUGUGAGAGAGGACAUUCUCAAUGUUUUGGAAUGCGUUGUUGGACAACCACAAGCAAAGUUGUUGUUUUUGAGUCUUAUCUCACGGGUGUACAAGAGAGAACCAAUUAUUCUUCACAACUUUAAUUUGUUGAUCAACACAGACGACUUCGAGAAUAUUAAAACAUCUCUAUGUGAAGCAUUGAGUAUCAUCUCACCAUUCACUUAUUGUGUCGAUGGGAACGAGGAAAAGGGGUUGUUACCAAAGAUAACAAACGAUACAAUGUUUUACGACAAAUAUCCACUUCAAGUUGGAAAUGACGGGACUGUACUUGUCUUUUGUAAAAACACAGUCUCUGAUGACAAUUUGAGAGAUUUGGAAGACUUCCUUACAAACAAAAAUAUGAGGAUAGAAAUGCAUGGGUUCGAUGUUUCGAUUCCAGUCAAUUGCUCUGCUGUUAUUGUUUCAGAGAAUGGUGAAAAUGACGAGUUGGGGACACUUUGCAACAAAGUGAUAAAAGUUAAUAGAGGUAUUCGCGGGCGAAGCGUGAGUGAUAUUGUCAAUAACUGGAACGAAGAAAAACGAACAAAAGUGAGAGAGUAUUUUGGGUGGGUCACACGGGGUAAUUGCCAGAUAGAAGAAAGCAUUCAACAACUUAUCAGUGAAACAUACGUUCAACAAAGAGCGAUGAACAGUAACGUAAAUCAAGACACUUUACAUCAAUGGAUCACCGUUGCAAAUCUGCUUGGUAAUUCUUAUGGCUUAGAAAGUGUGACUCCACAAGUAUGGAAAGAGGCUGUCGAAUUGUUGAACUUGAUUUAA